GUUAUAUCAACAACGCGGUGACAAAAAAUCAUGGCGAAAAGUCCAUAAACUCUAUCCUGGAUUACACGUCCACAUCCAAAGACAUGGAGAUGCUGCAAAACUUUUACGAAACUACCUUGGCUGCACUGAAGAAUGCAAAGAAUGACAGGUUGUGGUUCAAGACGAACACCAAAUUGGGAAAGGUUUAUUUGGAGAGAGAAGAAUUCAACAAAGUGGCCAACGUUAUCAGACAACUGAAACAAACGUGUAACACCUGCAGUCAUGAAACUGAUCCGCACAAAGGUACGCAAUUGUUGGAGGUGUACGCCUUGGAGAUCCAGUUACACACAGAGCAGAAGAACCACAAGCUGCUGAAGGAGCUGUACGAAAGAAGCCUCAAAGUACGCUCAGCGAUCCCUCACCCGUUGAUAAUGAGCGUUAUAAGGGAGUGUGGAGGGAAGAUGCACCUCAGAUCGGGCGAUUAUGAAAAGGUACAGUAG